AACUUCCGCUACCUUACCGGAUGUGACAAAAUAAGGUAAACAGAAGACCUGUCCGCUUAAUUCGGGCAGCGGCCACAGUUGGUACCAAAUUAUAAUUAAAUGUUAACCUCUGCGUUAUAAGUACAUUUUACUCCAAAGGCUGGUGGGAUUUUUCAAAGAAAAGAUAGAGCCUUGAUACUGCUCUGCGAUGUCCUCUGAUAUGGACUAUGAAUUUGAAGAGGACAAGCUUGGGAUACCAACAGUACCUGGUACUGUGUGUCUGAAGAAAGAUGCCAAUAACCUUAUUGGCAUCAGUAUCGGGGGUGGAGCCCAGUACUGUCCCUGUCUCUACAUUGUCCAAGUUUUUGAUAACACCCCAGCAGCUGUGGAUGGGUCACUGGCAGCAGGCGAUGAAAUCACAGGUGUGAACGGAAAAACAGUGAAAGGAAAAACUAAAGUGGAAGUGGCCAAGAUGAUCCAAGCUGUGCAGGGGGAAGCAGUAAUUCACUACAACAAACUGCAGGCUGACCCAAAGCAGGGGAAGUCCUUGGACAUAGUGCUGAAAAAGGUCAAGCACCGACUGGUGGAGAACAUGAGCUCAGGCACUGCCGACGCACUGGGACUCAGCAGAGCCAUUCUCUGCAACGAUGGGCUGGUAAAGAGACUGGAGGAGCUGGAGAAAACGGCAGAGCUGUACAAAGGUCUGAUGGAACACACAAAAAGGCUGCUCAGAGCAUUUUUUGAACUUUCUCAGACUCACAGAGCAUUCGGUGAUGUUUUUGCUGUAAUUGGAGUCCGGGAGCCACAGGCUGCAGCCAGUGAGGCUUUUGUGAAGUUUGCUGAUGCUCAUCGCAAUAUUGAGAAAUAUGGAAUUCAGCUGCUGAAGACCAUAAAACCUAUGCUCCAUGACCUGAACACAUACCUUCACAAGGCCAUACCGGACACAAAGCUCACUAUCCGCAAAUACCUGGAUGUGAAGUUUGAGUAUUUGUCCUACUGCCUGAAGGUGAAGGAAAUGGAUGAUGAGGAAUACACUAGUAUCGCCAUCGCUGAGCCACUCUACCGUGUGUGCACUGGUAACUACGAGUACCGCUUGGUGCUGCGGUGUAGGCAGGAGGCCCGUGCACGCUUCGCCAAAAUGAGGAAGGAUGUCCUGGAGAAGAUCGAGUUGUUAGAUCAGAAACAUGUCCAGGACAUUGUGUUCCAGCUGCAGCGCUUCGUCUCAGGUAUGUCACAUUACUACGACGACUGCUACGCAGUCCUGAAGGAGGCGGAUGUCUUUCCCAUCGAAGUGGACCUGUCCCGCACCACGAUCAACUACGGCAGCUUGUCCCUCUCUUAUAAUGAUGACGAAGAAGAGGAGGAGGAGGGAGGGGAUGGAAGAGGAGGCAAAGAGGAGGGAGGAGGAGGGAGCACAGACAGACAAGCAGAGAAUGGGGCUGAGAAACUGAUUGACGAUGAAUGAGCGCGUGUUCAUGUGGAAAUGAAGGCCAAAAAUAACACUAAUGUCAGCGAGGAAUGAUCUUUGGAGUACAUUUGUUUUCAUUAUUUAAAGAAGAACCUUAUGUGAGUUGUGCCUUUUAAGCCCUUAGCUGAGUAUAGUUUAUAUCUGCACUGGGAUCAUGGUUCAUUUUUAUCUCAAAAUGUAAUUUUUUUCCUCUCUUCUCAUCUGCAAAUGUUCUGUAUUAAGUGAGAUGAAUCACAUUGGUGCCGUGAAAUCUACAAGUUACUCUCAAGAUUUUCUUUCCUAUUCUCUCAUCAUAUUAAUACAUGAAAGUUUGGACGCGUAAUAACCAGAAGGAGGUGACAGUGACUGACACUAAUGUGACUGAAGAGUAUCAACACUGUAUCUAAAAUAAGUAUGCACAAGUGAAGAACGGAAUAUUAACUCUAAUGGUGUGAUUUUAGUAUCAUUCCAACUUUAUUUAUUCUUUUUAAAUUAAACGUUGAAAUUACAUGUAAAAUAUUUAAUUGUGUGUAAAAGUGAAUGUUGUCGGUAGGUCACGUGACUUAUUUUGUUUUCUCCCGUGUUCUGUAGGUCAGGAGGAAUUCCGUGUUUAACCGUUACCGUUAUGUGAGUUUGUUGUCGUUACCACUGGGGGGCAGCGUUCGUUCUUUACCUGUAUAAAUGGAACUUCAUGCAUUAACGGGGGCCAUGUUACAUGUUUUUGAGCUGUAUUUAACUAUUUUUAUUUGCUCUGAAGUGCAUAUACUUUUAAGUCAGCCGACUUAAAAUAAUUGUUCGUUUUGUACCGCAAAUAAAUAUCAAAAUUUAAAACCUGUUAA